AUGCCCCACGCACCUUACGAUCAGUGGAAAUUGGUCGACGAUCAAUUCAUUGAAAGUCAAGAAGCCACAACCAAGCUUAGAGAAUGGGUUACAGCAUACGUUGGUGAGCUAUCCACCGAGAAGAAGUUUAGAAGUGAGACUGUAGCUUGGGUACUCCGCUCUUUGGACACUCCAUCCUUGUUUCGAUUGUACAAGCGCAAAAAAUUCUCGAUACCUCUCACUCAAGAAGCACUCAAGCAAAAUAUACUCUGGCGAAUCGAGACAUUUCCUUCACUCCCGACUCUAUGUGCAAGUUCUGUGAUGAGAUUCGUGCCUCCAUCAUCAAGUUCAUCGAGUACAGAUCGUUUCGGACGACCAAUACUAGUCGUACGGGCCAGAUAUCUCUCAGGACAGACUGUGGAAGGACUAAAAAACCAAGUUCUUUCAAUGUACGAACUUGCUAGGUUACACAUUGCCGAUUUGUUUCAUCAAAGCGGUGUGACGGGAGGGAAGAGGGUUUUACAAUUUGUGGUGAUUAUUGAUUUGCAGAGUUUGGCUAUUCGAGAUGUGCCUAUGGACAUGGUGACCUGGUUUCGCAGCGUCCCUAAUGUUCAUUAUCCUGGGAUGUGCGCUGGAUGUUAUGUUCUUAAUUUCUCAUGGGCGUUCAAUGGAACGUGGUCCAUCCUCAAACGAGUACUCCCCGAACGAGCAAUAGCACGUGUAUUCUUCCCGAAGCAAUCAGAACUUUUAAAGUCCCUCCCAGGGUCGUCCCUACCCCAAGAAUACGGGGGAGAAUUACCUGCUCUCGAUGAGGAACGCGACGUCCUUAUGGGGAGCUACGUUUCAGAGUUGCCAACCUCCUCGGAUGAUUCCUCGUCGGAGGACGAUUCGUCACUAGCUUCAUCUAGUACAGCAGUGACAUCUACGUCAUACACGAGAGCAACCAAGAAGCGCGUUGAUCUGGCACCCUCUCCCACCUUGCCAUCAUCAGCAGCUACACCAUCAGACUUUCCAUCUUCAGUUUUGCCUCCACCAAUACCUAUCCCAUCCCGUUCACCCUACAACUCAUUCUUCGGCUACCCGGUCCAUUUCACCUCAUCUUCUACCAACUCGAUACCUCGUUUAUCGUACGGCCGACGUCGGAAGCGUGACUUGGCACGAACGCUCCUCAUACUCUACUUCCGCCGGAUUUCAUUAAUCCUUCAACGAACGCUUCACUUUCUCGUGCCGCUUUCGAAACGAAGUGCGACUAACGCACCAAAUUAUUAUUAUUAUUACGAUCAUACUGCCACCAACUAUAAUAAUAACGAUGGAGAAAUUAAAAAAUCAUCCAAAACCGUGGGAGGUAUCCGACUUAGUCUGUGGUUCUGGGGGAGUCUCAUUGCAUGGUUAGCGGGGAGUAUUGGGAAAAUCGUUUGGAUGCUGAGAAUAGGUCGAGGUACUAGCAUUGGACAGGCUUUCAUUACGGCAUUGAAGGAUGUUGUUCCCAGUUUGAUUUCGGUGAUAGAAGGAAUCGCAGUGCAGAUGCCGAGCGGGACUAAGACGAUGGUUGGGUCGGGCACAUCUCUUAUCUCGUUCUAG